GAAUGCAAUGCUCCUCAACUCACUGCAUCACAGGCCUCUCAUCUUCUUCUUCUUCUUCUUCCCUGAGACCAUGGGGAAGUGUGCUGUGGCUACCUUGCUACUGUUCGUAGACCUCGCCACACUGGUCCUUCCUUCACUUGCCGCUGGCUGCUCCUACUGCACAUCCCCACCACCACCGCCACCGGCUUACACUCCAACCCCGUCACCACCGCCUCCAAGCCGGUUGAAGCCUAGCCCUCCGCCGCCUACGUACACCACCCCGAGCCCCCCUCCUCCAACACCGGCACCACCACCACCAACGUACACCACUCCUAGCCCUCCACCACCGAUCCUGCCACCGCUACCAAAGCCUUCACCUCCACCACCACCAACGUACACCACUCCUAGCCCUCCACCACCAAACCUACCACCGCUACCAAAGCCUUCCCCUCCACCACCACCAACGUACACCACUCCUAGCCCUCCGCCACCAAUCCUGCCACCGCUACCAAAGCCUUCCCCUCCGCCACCGCCAACGUACACCACUCCUAGCCCUCCACCACCAAUCCUGCCACCGCUACCAAAGUCUUCCCCUCCACCACCGCCAACGUACACCACUCCUAGCCCUCCACCACCAAUCCUGCCACCGCCAACGUACACCACUCCUAGCCCUCCACCGCCAAUCCUGCCACCGCUACCAAAGCCUUCCCCUCCGCCACCACCAACGUACACCACUCCUAGCCCUCCACCACCACUACCGAAGCCUUCACCUCCGCCGCCACCAACGUAUACUACUCCAAGCCCUUCACCACCACCACCACCAACGUACACAGCUCCAAACCCUCCACCACCAGCAUACGUAACGCCGUCGCCACCAACCCCGACUCCAUACCCUCCAUCACCGACGACUCCGACAUGCCCCAUCGACACCGCUAAGCUCGACUCGUGCGUGGACCUACUCGGGGGGCUGGUGCACAUCAUCAUCGGCGAGGGCGUGAGUUACCAGUGCUGCCCGGUGCUGGAGGGGCUCUCCGACCUCGACGCCGCCCUGUGUCUGUGCGCCACCAUCAAGGCCCAGGCCUUGAACAUACAGAUCCUUCUUUCCCCUGCACUCGAGGUUCUUGCUGACUGCGGCAAGGAAGUGCCAUCCGACUUCGAGUGUCCUGAUGAGUGAUCAAAGACUGUGUCAUCGUGUCUUCACCCAAUUAGUCUUCAUGUUUGUGCCUGCAUGGUUUUUGGUUGCUGUAUUUGACGGUCGUACGUCCCCCCCUGUCAUUGAAAGCAAUAUGAUGGUCCCGUUGGCCUACUCCAAUAAAAGUCAAGUCUUCUUAUUUGUCUUCAA